UUAACUGAAAUGAAGAGGGUUGAAAAUGAAGCACAAGGAAAAGUCAAGGCAGCAGAGAUGAAGAAGCAGAUUGCCGCCGUCGUAAAAUCAUUCGAAGAGAAAGUGCCUUCGGACGAAGAUUACUCGAAUUUAUCAUCGAUAGAUGCUAUUAGUAUCUCGAAAGAAUCGAUGUUAUCGAUAUCAGAAGUUGACGAAUUAAAUGGUCUUUUAGAUCGAGAAGAAAAUGGCGAAAGCGUUGAUGAARGUCGAAUUUACGAGCUUGAUCUUUUGAGUCGGUUUCAAAUUGGAGAAAAACUUGAUGCAGAGGAGAUGAUUGACCUUGAAAAGUUUAAGAAAAAGAGAAGAAUAMAUCGCGCCACUAAAAAAUUAAAAGCUAAAGAAGAUAUCAACGAAAUAGAAGAAACUCGAGGAUCGUCGUGGAAGAUGACAUCAAAGUACGAUUCAGAUAUUGAAGAAAGUGGAUCCAGUGUCUYGGAGCCACUAAGCAUGGCUGAACCCGGGAGCUUUCAGACUCCGGAAUCCCGGUCUAUCGACGAAGAAGAUCUGGGUGGGGAUUCUUUGGCCACACCACCCAAAUCGAAGCAGAAGCAGAAGCAGAAGAAGAAAAAGACGAGAAAGAAGGCAAGAGAACAAGUGAUGGUCGGAAGUCCAGAGAACUCUGUUCACAUCGAUAAUAUCAGACGACCCAAGCCAGUAUCAAAUCAUCGUGAAAUCUCCUCCAAGGUSACCGAGGAGUUUUGCUCAGGGCCAGAAAGAGUUCAAAGUGAUUCUCUCUUACCCACUGCCAUCCCAAAAAUGUCACUUCCAAGUGCAAUGAAAGCGAGAAACCAGCAAGAUUUCAAAAGGAAGAGAAAGAAUGGAAAUUCCCUCGGAAAAAAGGCGAGUCAAAUUCGUCGUGAUCCACCACCUGGCUCUUUCUCUUCGGCAUCAUUUUCUAGUACGAAUUCAUAUGAUGCUUCAUCUUUCCGCUCAUCUUCGCAUUCUUCGUCAUACCAUGACGAAUCAAGCGUGAAGAAAGAAGGUUCCUUUUCAUCUGCCACUGCAUUGACAUCUACGGCAGUGAAACAAAUGAAGAAAAAAAAGGAGAAAACAAAAUUUCCCGGUCGCAGAGAGCCAUCAUUGACGCUUCAUUCGUCAAGUAAAGGUGACCUGUUAGUACCAAAAGUGCCCCCUCACGGAUCGUCUGCAGACUCGAAAACGAAUUCCAUCACUGCAAACAAUUUCAAUGAUGUCGGCGGAAAAAACGAUAAAUCUAUUGUUCACUCGACGCAGUCUGUUCUUCAUUCUUCGACUUCUCAGACUGACGACGAAAUCGUGGGACGAACCAUCCAUGUUGAUGCAUCUUCUGGUGCUGAUUCAAAUGAUUCAAGAAAAAAAGAAAUUAUUUCUGAGCAAGGAAAAACUUCGGCUGUACAGCAAACCACCCAUGAUGAAAACAAGAAACAUUCAAAAGUAGAUGAGACAUCAGUGGUUGAGGGAGCCAUCAAUGCUGACGUUUCUUAUACCGCUGAUUCCAAUGGUGCUAUUAAGAAGGAGGGUCAAACUGACCAAGUUGAUUUUUCGGUCAUGGGUACCAACCAUCUUGAUGAACCUUCUGCUACUGGGUCGACUGAGCAAACAGAAGUUCCGAAACCAAUCAACAAUAGUGACCAGAAAAAAGAAAAGCCGAAUACCAGAUUUGGCAAAGCAUUGGAAAGGGCGUAUCUUGCUUUAAAAGUAUGGGAUGUCCAAUCUUCGCAGARUUCAGAAAAAGAUAAGGAAGAUCAUUCUGUUGUCGAAGAUAUCGAGGAAGGCCACACCCCCUGGGUCCCACCGAAUUUUAAUUUGAACCCUUUUGGAUAUAUUCCUAGCCCUGAAGUAGACCAGGAUUCACCACACAACAAGCCAGAUCCUCCCGAACUGCACUUACGCCUACCCCAAAAUGCAGCAAAGCCUCGAUCCCUAGAAGUUUCUAAAAUUGGAAAGUUCACUCAUGAAAACAGAGCGCCAGAAGAUUCUUCAGUAACGUCUAUAUUCGGAAAACCAAGAUUUAUAAAUAGAACACCAGAAGAUUCUUCGAUAACAUCAAACUGGGGUCCACCUUCGCUUCUAAAAAAGGAAAGAGGUCGGAAAUAUAGCUAUGUUCAUCGAAAAGAGCGUUUUGAAAUGUAUACCGAACCUUCACAUUCUACAAAAGAUUUUGAUCAAAAAUUGAUUCAUGGUGAGAAUAGUUCAGAGAAUGAUAGCGAUUCGAAAGAACCGGUUGUUUUAUUGGCCCAGCAACUACAUGCUUUGCCUAAAAUAUCAACGGACGAGCCGGCACAGAGGGUUCUUUCUGAUGGAGCAAACUUCAAGGGUUUCGACCCUAAGUUGUUAUUAUCAUCGUGGGGAAUUCCUGAGCUUGCAAUAGUGCCGGAAAAUAAACAAAUGAAGACAACUGAGAUCGGGUUGGUGCAACAAAAUGCUCCUGAAAGGAUCGUUGACGAAGAAUCAUCAUGGAUUUACCCGCGAACAGAGCAAUCACAGUCUGGGCAUACCKAAAAUAGAAAUAAUGUUGGAGCUUCCUUUUCAUCUGCGUCUAUUGACAUUGAGGGAUCGAUAUCAAGAACCUCAAAAUCCAGAAAAGAUUUUGACUUGGAAUCAGGAUAUUCGACCUCUUCUCAGUCGAUUCUAAUGUUUGGUAGGAACCACCGCGAAGAUGGAAAUAGGAAUGAUAGUAGUGAGAGCAAUGGUAGCAAUGGUAGCAAUGGUAGCAGAGGUAGCAGUGCAAGCAUCGAAAGUAGACAUGAUGAUAUUGAUAUACCAAUGGGUCAUUUCUCUGACGAACCAGAUAGCCAUGACUCGGUUAUUCAUUCGACAAAAGACGAAUCUAAAUCGAAUGGAAGGAAAAGGAAACUAAUUGUGGCUUCUAUUCUUUCUUGCAUUCUAAUAGUUGCUGUCAUAGGAGGUGGUGUAGCAGCAGCACUAAUACUUCUUAAGAAGCGCGACCAAGACAAUCCCACUCCCUCAGCCCCAUUACCACCGACUUCAAAACCAUUAACGCAACCAACUUUGCCACCUGCACUUUCAACUAUGUCUCCAGUUUCCAUGCCACCGAACUCAAGCCCGCCUCAAUCUACAGGAAUUCCUACAUCUGCACCAAUAAAUAAAAUGAUCGUUGAUUUGAUUGUUGCCAAUGCUGCCGAUGGAGGUGCCUCUCUACAAGAUCCCACAUCGCCUCAAUCGGCAGCACUUUCCUGGUUGCAAGAACCCAUGAACGAAAAUUAUUCUGAACCACGGCUUCUUCAGCGAUAUGCAUUGGCUACGUUGUACUACGCUACUAAUGCAAACAGCACAAGUUGGAAAACCUCUUCGUUAUGGCUCUCCGAUGCCGACGAAUGCAAGUGGUACACAACUAGUGAUUCUCAAGAUAUUUGCACUGCCGAUACCACUUCUACGCAAAGAAAAAACAGCAGUUUGGGCAACAAUGUUUUUGCUGUGUUAGAUUUGCGUCAGAAUGGCUUGACAGGAAGAAUCCCGGAUGAAAUUGGUUUGUUGACCAACCUCCGAACAAUAAGAUUGCCAAAAAAUUCUCUGACAGGCACCAUUCCAUCCUAUGUAACGACCAUGAAAGAUUUAGAGUACCUGGACCUAUCCUCGAACAAAUUGGUACAUUACAUGGACGAAAUGAAUGAUAACAAUGACGAUGAUGCAAAAGAAGUGUUGUCCGAUAACAUUUUUUCGACUGCGAAAACUACGAGGAAUGGUAGCAAAAGCAGCAGUUUUCUGUCUCAAUUGCGAAACAUGGAAUCAUUGAUCCACCUAGAUCUCAACGAAAAUUCUUUCCGAACAACUUUACCUUCGCAUGUGUGGGGGGAUGGAUCGCCCCUCUCCUCUAACCUGAAAGUAUUAAAUCUGGGCUCAAAUCAGUUUUAUGGAAACCUCCCGACCGAGAUCGGUCUUCUCACCAAGUUAACGGGAUUAAGCGUUUUCGACAACGACCUCAGCGGUCAGCUUCCAGAUUCUAUAUCCCGUCUAUCCCGUCUGGAAUUGCUCUACGUUGAUUCGAACAACUUUCGGACCAACAGACAAAAGCCUGGGGUUCCACAAACCAUUUGCGAUGCCUUGAGACCAGUGCCCUUAAAAGAAUUCUGGGCCGAUUGUGAGAAAACAAGCUGCGCAUGUUGUACAACGUGCUGUUCGGAAGCUCUGGGAUGCAUCGCCACCAGCCACCAACAGGAAAUAGAAACUCAAGUAGUGGUCCAAGACCAGGCGAACAAGGUUAGCUACUUGGUCCAAGACCCAAAUUUGGUCGUUUGAACGAGCGCAACGCAAGAAUCCAUACUCUUAGAUAAUUACAACAAUGGAACAAUUGGAACAUUGUUUCUA